CGAGAACAACCCGUGCAUGAUGUGAAACGACCGUAAUAACAACACAUCGUCAGCUUCUAUCGAAUCAAUCGAAAAUUUGUUAAGAACCCUUGUUUCUUGAAUCCGGUUCCUCCACAACAAUCUCUUCCACUACCUACUUCGCCCAUCAUACUUUACAUUAUUAUCGACCGCUCCAUUAUAUAUAUUUAGCCAUGUAUUUCAAUAAAAGAACUCUUGCAUUGUUCGUGGCUGCUAGCAGCAGUGUCACUGCCUUCUCGCCAGGUAAGAUUGGGGUUCGGUGUCYCUUCGUAAUCGUUCCCAUCGGGUCCUAACGGCAGAAAUAUUUUCUUUGGAAAUAAUACUCUGGGAGUUCCUGAAUGCUGUUAUCUCGCCAUCUACUUUUCUCUCAUUUGCUCUAAUAUAUAAUGCAUUUUUGUCUUGGAAACUGGGCGGAUAACCGUAAACUAAAAAAAUAGCUGCCACUGGUAACAGACUCGCCCUUCAAUCGUCGGGAGCUGUUGUCCAGCAAUCAGUUUCGUGCCCUGCACGAUGCAAUUGCCCUUCGUGCGCUGGACGCCUUACAAAGCUCUUCGCUGAUGUAGCUGAAGAGACCGAGGUUCCCGCUGAAGUCGAAGCCAUGGAAGGUGUCGAAAGCGCUGAUGAGGCCCACAACCUCGAGCGCCCUGCCCGAGCCGCCCUCAAAAAGAAAAAGCCUUCUGGUAAGGACCUCAGCGAAUUCACCGAGGGAACUACAGUCAAGGGAACCAUUAAGUCUAUUGCCAGUUACGGUGCUUUCGUCGAUAUUGGUGCGUCUACCGAUGGUUUGUUGCACGUUUCCCAGCUUUCUGCUGGAUUCGUCAGUGAUGUUAGCGAGGUCGUCUCCGAGGGACAGGAGGUCGAUGUCCGCAUCGUCAACAUUGAUUCCGCUAAGGGACAAAUCGGUCUUAGUAUGAUGACCGAGGAAGAAGCCGCCGCCGCCAAGCCCGCGCGUCGCAGCGGAGGUAACAAGAGACAAGGAGGUCGUCGGGACGACAGCGCUGUCUURGGUGCCUUGAGAGAAAAGGGAUGGGACGAAGCUACCAUGGUUGAGGGAACUGUUGUCAGUACCGUUGACUUCGGUGCUUUCGUCAAGGUUGAUGCCAGCACAUUGAACAGCGAGUGCGAAGGAAGCUUUGAUGGACUUGUCCACAUUUCCGCCCUUAAGGUCGGACGAGUGGGAUCUGUCACCGAUGUUGUCAAUGCGAACGACACAGUUAAGGUUCGUUGCAAGAGCAUCGACGGAAACAAGGUUUCUCUUACAAUGCUCUCCGUAGAAGAAGAAGAAGCCGAGCGCGCCAGUGGAGCCCGAAGCAGCGGCCCAACAUUCAAUGAUCCAUUCGAUGAGGGUGAGGGUGCCAAGGACUGGAAGGAGAGUGUUGCUGCUAUUGAUGAAGAACAACCUGUUUACAAGAACACUCCUCUUAUCAUCCGAAAAUAAAAACCUUACGAAGUCAGCGUUCCGCGUAGGCGUUACUUUMACCACUCAAACCAAGUAAACAAAAAAUCCAAUU